GCCUUCCGCAAGGACGUCUUCUACGAGAAUUUGGCGUGGAAGGAGGGCAAUGGUUCUGCGGUGCUUCUGGACGGAGAAGGCAAGAAGCUGCCCAAGCACGCGAGCCUGCGCCUGGUGGUUCCGGACCUUGUCCGCACCGCCUUGGCGAAGCUUCCUGUGGUGGAGGAGCAACCGGCGAUGCGCCGAGCAGUGGAGCCUGCCCCUGCCACGCCCCCAGGGCUGACUGAGCCGCAGCUCGGCGAGGCCAAGAAGGACGACCUUUGGGAGGUGGUCGAGGACGCAGGCAGCACCACCGCUCCGAGCGCCGAGGCGGAGGUCCCAGAGCCCGAGUCCGAGCCAACGGCGUCCCAGGACAGGGCCCAGGACCUUCUCUCGUCCGGCAAGGAAGUUUGGGCUGCCACAGUCUCCGAGCGCACGGUUCUCUUCGAGUACGUUAGGAACGCGAGCGGGGGACGCAAGCAGCCCGACAUCGUGGCCAAGCUGAUCAACCUCCAGGACGCCGACACCGUUGCCGCCUGGAGUCAGAACCGUGCUCUUCCCAAAAUUCUGGUUCGGGAGGAAGAAGGACAAAUCUGGGUGAGCAGCGAGUUUCUGCAGGCUCGCUGCAAGAAGCUGUCCCUGGAGGAGUCACCGCGGAGUGAUGGCCAGCGCGAGAGGUCGCGCUCACCGAGGCGUUGCAAGCACGCCGCCGAGGAGGAGCAGGCCCCGGCCGAAAGGCGAAGCCGUCCUUUGGGCAGAGGCUUGCAAGUAAGGCGGCCGGCGAAGGACGACAAGGCCGAGGAUGCCAAGCCGGCCGAUGACAAGCCGGCUGAGGCUGCACCGGCUGCCCAGCCGGCCGAGGAUGUGGAGAUGGCCGAUGCCCAGCCGGCCGAGGAGGCCGAGGAUGACAAGCCGGCCGAGCUGCGGGACAUGUCGGUCCAGGAGCCCGCCGACGCCGAGCAGGCCGAGGAUGUGGAGCCGGCCGAGGAGGCCGAGGAUGACAAGCCGGCCGAGCUGCAGGACAUGCCGGCCCAGGAGCCCGCCGACGCCGUGAUGGAGCCUGCGCCCGCGGAGCCCUCGGACUCAAGCGAUUCCCAAGGCGAUGCUGCAGGGCCGGUGCAGGGCCUGCGCACCACCGACAAGGGCGACGGCUGGCACGAGCUCAUGGCCAGGACGCUUGAGGAGUACACGGCCGACUUGGAGAUCAUCAAGCGCAGGUGGACCCAGGAGAUCUACCACAUCAACACCCAGCAGAAGCUGGCGCUGAAGAUCGCGAAGCGCUCGGUGCUGCCACGGGAUGCUUUAGUCCAGGUGCACGUGGCCUAG